UCGGUCGGUCGGUCGCCCUCGCGCGUCAGGCACGUCGCAACCCCCAACACCGUAGCACGUCGCAGGUCGCCGGGCUUCCCGACCAUGAGAAGAGGAGCGUCAGGUGCCGUCGCCGCCGGCCGUCAUCACGGGACGUCGUCUCCGCCAGCGUCUAUAUCGCACGCGUCUACAUCGCCGCCUUGGUCGUACCGGAAAUAAAAAAUCGGCGUCCGGGAACCCCCGUCGUCAACCCGUUGUUGUCAAGGACCGAAGCGAGAAAAACCGGGUGGCUGCACGCACCGACGGAUCUCUUCCGGUGUGAUCUCGUGGCCGCAAGAAAAACAAAGAAAAAAAGAGAGAAGGGAAGAGAGCGAGGGGGACAGAGGAGCCGUAUUUCGGCAAUUCUUCAGAGAGACGUACGAAGGAAGGGAGGAAAGGGAACGGGGGUGGUGAUUACACGGCAUGCGGUCUUGAGAGCACGCACGAACAGGUGGCGAGGCGGGAUCCUCUCUCGGUGGAGGACUCGGUGCGGCUGGCGAAAAAGAGGGCGAACCGGGAAGAGUGGCGGUACGGCGCGUGCGACAAAAUACGUGCAGAUGCAGCGGCACGGCUUCUGAUGAAUCUACGACGUCACCGAAAGCGAGAUCGAGAUACGUUUCUCGACGCUUUAACAUCGAGGCAUUAUUUUCUUAUUUCGAACACAAACAAGGUAAUUUGGACAAUCAAUCACCGCUGUGAAGAUUAAAUGUGAGGAAACAACCUUCCCUGGUAACGACUUGCAAUCAUGCUCAGCCCCAAGAUGCAAAAAACUGUGAGGGUAAACGACUCCCAGCUGGUCAUGCUCUCAGAGAAAGCACAUUACGAUCAUUCGCUGGCAGGGUAUUUGUACAAGCGGACAGCUGACUCCACCAAGUGGCAACAACGAUGGUUCGUUCUCUAUCAGAAUCUGCUAUUCUAUUACGAGAACGAGACUUGCUCACGACCCAGUGGCGUCGUUCUGCUGGAAGGCUGUUAUUGCGAUCGACUCAUCACCGCCAAAGGCAAAGAGCCGGAUAAACAGCACUGUUUCGCAAUAUCAUACAGGAGGGAGAACCAACGGCAAUACGAGCUAAAAGCGGCCACAGAGACGGACUGCAAAGCGUGGAUCGAUGCGAUACGAGAAGCUAGCUUCAACAAAUUGUUGCUACAAAAGGAGGAGCUCGAGCAGAAGCACCUGCACCUGUUGCAAAUCGUCGAGAGCGAGAAAACAGCCAAGUGGCAGUACACUCAGCAGUGCGAGGAAUUGGCGUCGGAGAUAAAAAAACUCCGAGCGGAGCUGUGCGCCUUGAAAAGGGAGCUGAGGCCUUCCGUGAUGCCGAUAUACGUCAACCGACCGGCGGUUCAGAGAACCAUGUCCCAAGGUACCGGAAGUUUAUACAGCACAUUCCAUCCAUUUGGCAACGACGCAGACGCUUCCCCCAGCUUUGCUCCCGGUUUACGUGAAAUCAGGGAGGACUCUAUUGAGAUGCAAAAAGUCAAGAAGGUCCAGAGCUUCUUCAGGGGUUGGCUGUGCCGACGGCGUUGGAAGCAGAUUGUCGAGCAGUACAUCAAGAGCCCGCACGCCGAGAGUAUGCGCAAGCGGAACAGCCUGGUAUUCCAAAUGGUGGAGGUCGAGGAGGAGUACACGGAGCAGAUGGAGAUUUUAGUAAGCUGUUUUCUGAGGCCUUUCAAGAUGGCUGCCAGUUCAAAAAAACCCCCAUGUAGUCACGAGGACGUGAAUAGCAUAUUUUUGAAUAGCGAAACCGUGCUGUUUCUCCAUCAAAUAUUCCUGAAGGGUCUCACCUCGCGUAUGGAGAGCUGGCCUACUUUAGUUUUAGGUGACUUGUUCGACAUGCUGCUACCGAUGUUAUCCAUAUAUCAAGAGUACGUGCGAAACCACCACUAUAGCCUUCAAGUGUUGACUGAGUGCAAGCAAUCGUCACCGUUCGUGGCGUUGCUCAAUAGGUUGGAGAACAAGACUGCCUGCCACGGACGAUCCCUGGAGACCUUUCUAACAUAUCCUAUGCAUCAGGUUCCAAGAUAUAUAAUUACUUUGUGCGAGUUAUUGGCGCAUACGCCGUACGAUCACGUGGAACGUAAGAGCCUCGAGCAUGCCAAGCAACAGCUGGAGGACCUCUCGAGGCAAAUGCACGACGAGGUCAGCGAGACUGAGAAUCUGAGAAAGAAUCUAGCAGUGGAGCGAAUGAUUAUCGAAGGAUGCGAUAUUUUACUGGACGUCAAUCAGGUCUUCGUCAGACAGGGUACGCUCAUACAACUUGUGGAUAAACCGCGUGGUGCGCGAAGCAGAUUAAGCGCUACAUUUGGCGGCAAAGCCGCGAGCGACAGGGAGGCUGUCAGACAGUGCUUUCUCUUCUCGAAUCAUCUGUUGCUCACGACUCGCCAGUCCGAUGACGACGGCCGUUUAAAUCUUGUUGCGCAGAUUGGCAAGAUACCCCUUUCCGACGCGGUGCUGAUUGAAGAUCCGAGCGAUCAGGGUGCCACAGAUGAUGAUGGACUGUCAGUAUGUUCGAUGUCAAGUGGCAUUAGCGAGAGUAGCGGAAGCGGUAGCGGCAGCGGGACUUCCCAGUUGCAGAAUCGCGACUUCAAGAUUAUACUCGAUAUAAAAUCCGGUGGACCGCAGGUGAUCGUUCACCUCGUGGCACCUACCAUGCAAGAAAAAGCAGCUUGGGUCAGUGAUAUUAGUCAAUGUAUGGACAACGUUCAUUUUAACGAUCUGCUCCACGGAUCGUUAUCGGACACCAGCUCCGUCACGAUGCCGCAGUCCAUCCGGAACGAUCCGAAGUUGUUCAAGGACGAUGUGGACAUCAGGUUCAGUCGGACUUUGAAUUCCUGCAAAAUACCGCAGAUUCGUUCCGCGACGCCCGAGCGGCUGUUGCAGCGACUGACCGACCUCCGGUUCCUCAGUAUCGAUUUUCUCAACACGUUUCUGCUGACGUACCGAGUGUUCACCGACGGCGUCACGGUGCUGGAGGCUCUCAAGAAAGUUUUCUACGAAGCCGAGCCGCCGGACGCGCAAAUACCCACCGGAUCCCUCGUAUCCUUAGACGUACUAGGAGCAAAUGCCAGCGAAACACAAUAUUUCGAAGACCGAAGAAAAAGUAACUUCUCACCGAGACGAACUAGCGGCGCGAGCUCAGUAUCAGGAUAUGGAUCAGAAGUGAGCGAUACCCGCGACGCGAAAUCUCAUGGGUCCUCUGACGCUAAUACAAGCGGAUACAAUUCAAAAACUCACUGGCGAUACAAAAAGCUGGAUGAAGAACAAUCGCUCGGACUCAUCUCCGAGGCCCCGAUCAUAAAACGCAGUCCAACGUCCAGUCCAUCCAGCUCGUCACAAUCUCCGGUUGUGUCACGAAAAAUCAGUAUUCGUGUGGAUCAGGACGGUGAAAACGACGGGUGUCAUCUAACGAUACCGAAAGUAAUAGCUGUGUCGUCCAGUUCUGAGACACUCACAGACGUUACAGCAAUCAGCGCACCAUCUUCGCCAAGCAACUUGAGCUCCGUGACGCUCAUCGGGUCGACGGAAUCCGGAUCCGGAUCCAGAUCCGGAUCCGCUUCCGGAUCGGAUCCAAGUCCUCAAGAGGGAGGUACUUACUCGCGUCGUGUCUCGGAUAUCGAAACACCAGUCACAACAUCAGAAGAGGAUGCAAGAGAAGUACAAUUUACUUAUGACGACAUACCGUCAUUAUCACAAUCGGUCGAGUCUGUCAAGUCGGACACGCCAAAAACGCCGAAAACGCCGAAAACGCCGAAAACACCGAAAACGUCGAAAUCACCGAAAUCACCGAAAACGCCGAAAUCACCGAAAACGCCGAAAACACCGAAAACGCCGAAAACGCCGGACACGUCAAGAACGCCGGAGACGCCGAAAACACCGAAAACACCGAAAACGCCUGUCUCUCCGUUUAUAAAGGAAACCAAGGAAAGUAAAGAAGAGCAGGCUACGCCGAACGGCGACGAGAGUGUAACCUCUUCUAAAUUGAUCAGUCAAUCGGCGCAGCAGAAUCAACAACAAUAUUCGGAGCAUAGGGCGUCGAUUGCUUCCGCGCCUGCAUCCACCGGGCCAAGGAGUGGCUCGGUCUCCACCAUAUCUGGCAAUUAUCGGGUGAGCAGACGGUCGAUGCAUGACGAGUGCUCCUCGCAGCAAAGCGGCUAUCAGCAUGACCCACAGGUUUCCAGUAAAGCCGGUGUGGUAAUAACCAGCUUUCGGCAGAGUCAUCGAAGCAUUGGACCUGAACCUAUCUGGAGCAGCACGUCCACGGCGGCGACCGCGUUUGCCAUCGCGACUUCCGCCUCGAGCAAUCCACCGGACAUAGGGCCGUCCUCCGGGAACGACAACAAUCGCGGCCGGGAUAGGAAUAGGCGGAAGGAGUCCGUGAUGUCGACCGCCGCGACGAUGAGAGUGCUGAACGUUCUGAGGCACUGGGUGUCCAAGCACGCCCAGGACUUCGAGAUGGAUCAGAAAUUGAAGAGCAUGACCAUCGAGUUCUUGGAGGAUAUCAAUUACAGUCCCAAUUUGUUGCCGGCUGAACACAAGGCAGCCACUCAACUUCUGCGAUUGAUUACCAAGGAAGAAACCGAGAGCAACAAGGUCGAUUUGAAGAAAUUGCUAACUCCCCCAUCAAUUCCAAGUAAGGAAAGCAUCGAGACAUUAUCUGCACUCGAGAUCGCGGAGCAGAUGACGUAUCUGGACCACCAUAUAUUCGUCUCUAUCUCCAGCGAAGAGUUUCUUGGACAAGCAUGGAUGAAAACGGAUAAGGCAACCCGCGCGCCCCAUAUUCUUCUUAUGACGAAGAGAUUCAACGAAGUGUCGCAACUGGUUGUUUCCGAGAUUAUUCGUCGCUCCAACAUGUCGGCCAGAGUUGCCGCAAUCGAGAAAUGGGCCGCGGUCGCUGACAUCAAUAGGGUUCUGCAUAAUUACAACGGCGUGCUGCAGAUUUGCGCGGCGUUCACAAACAGCAGCGUGUACAGGCUGAAGAAAACUUGGGACAAAGUUUCCAAAACGACAAAACAAACGAUAGAAAGAUUACAGCAUAUCGUCUCAUCUGACGGGCGCUUUAGAAAUUUGCGAGACGCCCUGCACCGAUGCGAUCCACCCUGUAUCCCUUAUUUAGGUCUUUACCUCACCGACCUCUCGUUUAUUGAAGAGGGUACUCCAAACGUUACCGAGGGUCUUUUGAAUUUCUCGAAAAUGCGAAUGAUUUCUCACGUAAUCCGCGAGAUACGGCAUUUUCAGCAAACUCCUUAUAAGAUCGAACUAGUCACUAAGGUAACCAACUAUCUAUUGGACACGUCGCUCUUGCUGAACGAGAAGGAUUUGUAUCGCAUGUCCUUGGACCUCGAACCCAGAACAUCCAGGUUGAGUAGUUCUACCUUAAUAGUAGAUCUACCCUCUUCGGUCAGCCACGUGUCUACAAAAUAAGUUCAUUUCGUCCCGAAAUUCUGUGUGAAACAACUCAACUCUACCUUCAUUUCACUAGAUAAGAAGAAUGGAUGAAAAAGAGAAGUCUAGGUUCGAAAAGAUAAACCAUUUGUUGCGACCGGCCGAUCGACGACGAUCGCGAAUGUGACUCGUCGUGCCAUCAGCCCCGUCCAUUUCUGUCCACCUUCGCUUGUAACGUAACGUCCGUUAACUUCUGUUGUUGUUUCAUUUUUAUCUAUCGCGACAUAUUUGCGCAAGAGUUAUAUAAAUAAGCUCAACAAUGAUCUCAUCGUCGCACAGAAUCGGCCUCUAAUUCGCAAAAGAAAAUUUAUCGUUAUUUAAUAAGUAUAUAACAGUAGCAGAAAAUUGUAGCGAAAUUAAUUGGAUUUGAAAGAAACUUUCGUGUAAUUAGAACUUGCUAUUGGGGUUGUCUUUCAAUUAUCUUCUCUUCCAUUAUUACUGCAGUUAAUAUUAUUUCUACUUAAAAUUUUAAGAUGAUAAAUGUCCUAUUUCUAUCCAAAGUUUGAAACGAACUGACAAAGAAAAUCGCAGAUUUUAACAAGAGCAUUUAAUAGUAACGUGUAUAGAUUCCAGAUCAAGCAUGACUCUGUACAUAAAAUCUGAUGAAGAUAAGAAUACAAAAUAUUAAUUAAUGUAGAAAGACUCUCUCGUAAUAACAUGAUUAUGCUUAAUCUCUCCGUGUCGUUGAUAAAGUAAUAAUCUUAUUCAGAAAUGUGGUCAGUUUGAUCUGCCCGAUAAAUGAUCCAUAUUUCACGGAAUACCCGAAUUUUUUACAAGAUAAAGGCUGUCGUUAACACCGGCUGAUCUCCGGUGAAGAUAACAAAGAGAACCAUCAUUGAUUUUAGUUUAGCUAAGCUCAAUCGAGCCAGUAUUAUUGUGCGAGGCGUAUGAGCAGUUCAAACAAGUACGUUUGAGAGAAUCGAUGAGAAGCGAAAAAGGGGUGAUGGGAAAUUAUAUUCUGACAAUCAAUAGCAUAACGAUUUUGCUGUUUUCCGUUUGUUCUAAUUAUUGCUGCGAGUAUCAAAGCAAAGAAACUCGCUUGUCAAACAGCUGAAAACCUUGAACCAUUAUUUUCUAAAAUAGUAUAAAAGUAUCGUAAUAUCUCAUUUUCGUUAAACAAUUUGUUUUGUUAACGUGUCUUGAAUUUUCGAUUCUAGUUCUGACCCGGAUAUUUAUUGUUAAAAUAACAUUUAUUAAUUCCAAAACAUGCAAAACUAUA